AUGUCCACAACUGAUCCCUCACAAUCUUUAGACACCUGUAAUGUAAAAGCUAAGUUGCUAAAUACAAGCGGGCCUCGUGUUCCAGUGCAGCUGAGUUACAGGUACGCCCCCAACUUCUUCCUGAGCAGCAAGAAGACAUCGGCUCUGAGACAGUGCAUCAGGCCUGGAACCCAGCAGGGCCAGGCUGUGGCAGCUGCUGACCCCUACCCUAACCACAGCACACAAGCUGAAGUGACCCCCUCCAGACAAAGUCAUUUGGAAGCAAGUCCUGCUCCCUCGAGUGGCUCUAGAAAGGACAGCAGUCGGACACGUUCUGUGCAGGGUAAGACCCACUAA